AUGGGGACGGAAUCAGAAGCAAACCAUGUCAAGAUGGGAGCAAGCAUUGGCGCUGUGCCCGGCGAGGCAACAGGUACGAUGGGGACGGAAUCCAAAGCGGAGGACGUCAAAGUUGGAGUUGGCCUUGGCCUUGGGGCUAAGCCCGGCACGGCGACACCUACACCCAAUGUUCCACCGGAAAAGGCGAAAAGGCUCACCGUGGUCGACGCAAAAGCUGUGACUUUCAUGCCGACCAUUAACCAACAGGAAACUGCUAUUAUUAGUGGUGCCCAUAUCGCCCCCACCCUGUCAAGAGAAUCUGUCCCCACGACCAUGUUGGAACGAAACCCCCUUGUCUUGCCAGUCAGCCUGACUGAACCAGGGGCCUUCCCGACGGGAGGAUCGUCGGGAGAAAGAGAACGCCGAGAGAACAUUGAUGCUAGCGUCCUGCAAGAACACGAGCGCACAGUGCAACCUUUGAGGCGUCCGGGUCCUCGAUGUGAUUCUCAGGAAUUGGUCGUGGCCAAUCGGGUACUCGAGGAUGAUCCAGUUGCUAUAGAAGAGGGUCUACAGCGCGCACAGGAAGUCGACGCUUCCAAUGCCGACGAUCACGACAAAAAGUUGCAAGAUAAAAAGAAGGAGAUAUUGACCAAGGUCUUGGUGGGUGGUAUCCUCUUUGUCGCCCUUCUCGUCGUUAUUCUAGUCUUUGCACUCGCCGAUGGCCCUUCUGAUCCUGUCACAACUCCCAACCCUACCGCCGCAAUCACACUGUCACCCACACUUUCCCCCAAAGCAUAUGUCCUUUCGCUGCUUCCUCCCGAUCUCAUUGCUGAUACCAACGAUCCUACCCAUCCUUUGGCAUUAGCAAUCGAAUGGAUUUUACAAGAAGAUUGGACAACCAUGAAGGAUUCCAGAAUUGUACAAAGACUCGCUCUUGUUGCUUUCUACUUUGCAACCAAUGGAAAUCGAUGGAUCAAAAAUGAAUCUUGGCUCUCUCAGGAUACUCAUGAAUGUGAUUGGUAUGCCGUCAAUAUCACUGCACACAGAGAUCCAGUCACCUGGUCAGACCCAAAUGGGAUUUUCUCCUACCGCGGUCUGGCCAAUGUCACCGAGUUUCCUUGCGAACAGAGACCCGACGGAGAACGAGUCUUUACUCAUCUUUGGCUUACUACGAACGGAUUGGAAGGGGCUCCACUUGAUUUCCUGCACUUGCUAAAGUCCCUCAAGAGCAUUGUGCUGGGCAAGAACGAAAUAUCCGGGUCACUCCCCAGCACAUUGGGGUUGCUCACAGAUCUUGUCUGGUUGGACAUUUCUCCAAACGCUGGGCUCAACGGAACUAUACCCACGCAGUUGGGGUUGCUCACCAAUGUUCUUGAACUUUACCUCGGCACCAGCCAACUGAGUGGGACCGUGCCGACGGAGCUAGGUCUACUGACCAACCUGGAGUACGAUUUGGACCUCUCUGAAAACCCUCUCACCGGCUCACUUCCUUCCGAACUUGGGGCCUUGAGCAAGGUCAAGAUUCUGGACUUUCGACGAUGCGGAACUCUCACAGGAACUAUACCAACUGAGUUUGGAGGAUUGGAAAAGGUCCAGGAACUUACCAUCCAUCGGAACUCUCUCACUGGCAAGCUCCCAACAGAGCUAGGGCUGCUAACAGAUAUGACUUGGCUCUUGAUUCCAGGGAAUACUCUUACAGGAACCAUUCCUUCGGAAUUGGCCAUGGCAACCAGCAUUACUCACCUUUACCUGUACGAGGCUGCUCUUACCGGAAACGUCCCCAGUGAACUCGCUGCAAUGCCCAACAUGGUGUGGUUUCUCUUUGACAGGAAUUUUCUCACAGGGUCGAUUCCAACUGAAGUUGGACUCCUGGGCGACACAGAAGAUGUAGAUUUCCAACAUAAUCUCAUGACCGGAACGGUUCCUUCGGAGGUGGGGCUCCUGAGCAAUGCCAAAUGGUUGUCUUUGGGCGACAAUCAUCUGUCAGGUUAG